AUAAGGUAUUGGCCCUGUUAGUUCGGCUGCGGUGAAUAUAAAGUUUGCUCAGCGGUUGCACAACUUCCACUUUUGCGAUGAUAUGCAUCACUCAUAUAGGCUGGGGUGAGUGUUCCUGUGAACAGACUCAAGUCCUGGACUCCACUGAGACAACACUGAGGUCGAGAUGCUCAACAUGGGGGCUGUGCUGCUGUUACUAAUUGGUGUGACGGAUGGUGUGAAGACCUUCUGCAACGCCACACAGCCACACAUCACGACCCAGUGCUUUGGCUCUCUGGGAGGAACCGUGGAGGUCCUGCUGCCUACUAAGACCUCACAAAAUGAUACCUACCUACUGAAGAAGAACAAUGUCCCGACUUUAUCAGAACGCAUUCAGACAAACAUUCGAUAUUCAUUUAAUGUUAGUACUGGAAUAUUUACUAUAAAGGACAUCGACAGGACAGACAAUGGUGAAUACUCAAUAGAAGUACAUGACACAACUGGAAAGCUAGUAGCAUCUACAAAAUGUUAUUUAACUAUUGAAGCCCCGGUCUCCUCUCCCCUCCUGUCCCGGGAGUGUCUGUCCCGAGGACAGCAGAGGGUGUCCUGCUCUGCCGGGGGGGACGGACUCCACUACAGCUGGAGUCUAGACGGACUCCCGCUGAACGGCACGCGUCUCCCCCCCGGACCCGGUAACGCUAGUGACGUCACUCUGGAGGUGGGCCGGUCGGGACUGGUCACCUGCUCGGUCCGCAACAACGUGAGCCACGCCGCGGCUAACAUCACCUUGUCUGUGUGUGACGUUUACGUCCUUAUAAUAGCUGGUUCCCUGUCAGCGAUGGCUCUGCUCCUGAUAGUAGUGUUGGGAGUCUACUGUGCAAAAAAGAACAAAACCUCAAAAGACACCACAGAGGCGGAAGAUGUAACCUACGCAGACAUCUCUGUGCUCCAGCGUCAGGGGCAGCGGAGAGAGCAGGGGGAGGGGGAGGUGGAGUACGGGCAGGUCAAGGUGGCUCCAGGCCCCAGGCGGACGCUGGAGACCAAUGUGGAUGAGUGUGUGUACGCUCAGCCCCGGAGGACGAGGACCUUCAAGAUAGGAGCAUUUACUGCACACUUCAGACUUUGA